AUGUCUCGUAAUGGAGACAAGACUUUCCAUGUUGCCAUAGUAGGUGCAGGCAUCGCCGGCCUGGCACUAGCGAUGGCUCUGCACAAGAAGGGCAUUUCCUUCACGUUAUACGAAGAAGCAAAGGAGUACUCCGUUGUAGGCGCGGGCAUCGGAUUCGGACCUAAUGGCAUGCGCACCAUGGACCUUAUUGAACCAGGCUUCAGACCACUGUACGAAAAGGUCUGUGUGGGGAACAAGGGUGCGGAUGCGCAGCAUAUCUUCUUUGAGGGCAUGCUCAUUCAAAGUGGUCUUGGUCGUGACAAGCCAUGGUACGGCAAGUCAGGAUGGGGGCACCCGGAUUAUGUUCGCAAGUCUGCACACCGCAAGACUCUACUGGAUACGAUGACGAACUUCAUCCCGAUCGAGAACGUAAAAUUCAACAAGCGUCUAGUCAACGCCGAAGAGCAGUCGGACGGCGUAUUAAUGACAUUUGCAGACGGAACCACCGCUUUAGCCACAAUUCUUGCUGCUGCUGAUGGCAUCCAAAGUGCACUAAGAGAGCAUGUGCUACACGAUCAGCACCCCGAUGAGGUAGCACCGGUGUACGCUGGCUCUUACUGCUACCGAGCCGUGAUACCGAUCUCGGAAGCCCGUGAGGUACUUGGUGAUCUCACGGAUGUCGCAAAAUUCUACUUCGGACACAAUCGCAGCGUUGUGACAUAUCGAAUCAGCGGCGGUGAGGAGUUCAAUUUCCUCCAUUGCGUUGCCGACUCUGAAGGCUCGUGGAAGUCGAAAGACACCGUCACCGAGAAGACUACUCACGAAGAUAUGAUGAGAGAUUUCGAGGAUGCAGAGAUUGACGAUCGUGUUCGUCAACUCUUGAGCAAAGCAAGCCCGAUCAAAUGGGGACUUUUCCAUCAUCAACAUACUUCAACAUAUUUCCGCGACCGAGUGGUUCUGAUCGGCGACAGUGCUCACGCAAGUCUUCCAUUCCAGGCAGCAGGCGCUUCUCAAGGCUUGGAGGAUGCUUUAGUGCUCUCGAAUGUGCUUGCAGAGCUUGCUCAGUCAUCUGAGCGUGGCGGAGACCACACGCCGCAGAUUCGUGCCGGUCUGAGUGCGUACGAUUCUGUAAGGCGUCCUCGAGCACAGAAGCAACUGGAGCAAGCUGCUGAGGUUGGCCGCAUGAUUUUCUUCCAACACGAAGAGGCAGGAUCAGACAUGAACAAAAUUCUUCCGAAGCUGCAGAAUGGUUGGUUCGAUUGGCUCUGGUUUCACGACGUCAGUGAGGAUGUGCAAAAAGCGUUGAAACUGAUGCGGGGUGAGUGAAGUGGCAAGAUUGGUCUCGCA